CGGGCCCGGUGCCCCGCGGAAGCGCCAGCGCAGCCAUGUUGGCUGUGAGGGGAAGCGGCGGCCCGGGGCCGCGCUAAGAUGGUGGCGAGGAGCCCCCGGGGGGAGUAGGGGCCCCGUCCCCCCCUUCCCUCCCCCCGAGCCCGGGCUGCGGGCCGGCCUGGCGCCCAUGGAGCAGCUGUAGGGUCUCUGCUAUAAACAGCUCAUCACUGCCACGAUGACAUCUCCAAGCUCUGCCCAGCACCCAGCAGCUGAGAACGCCUGCAGAAUAGCACUUGGACAAGCUAACCAGGUGCGACCCAAACUGCCACUUCUGAAGAUUCUGCAGGCUGCGGGUGCCCAGGGGGAGACCUUCACACUGAAGGAGGUUAUGCAUUACCUAGGACAGUAUAUCAUGGUGAGGCAGCUAUAUGACAAAAGGCAGCAACACAUGGUCUAUUGUGGAGGAGAUCAGCUGGGAGAACUGCUGGGACUGGAGAGCUUCUCUGUGAAAGAUCCAAGCCCAGUCUAUGAGAUGCUGAAACGGAACCUGACUUCUGCUGCAGUGGCAGAUGCUGCACAGAGUCUCGCAAAGGAACAGAGCGUCGAUAAGCCAAGCCAAGACCAGCUGAAGUUUAGCCAGCAAGAAGGUUCUGACCCUGGCAUCAUGGAGGGUGAAAGCAAUGCUGCUGCUUUGUCUACCUCAGAGCAAAAAUGUGAGCGUUACGAAGACAAAGACUUAAUAGAAAACCUCUCUAAAAGCAAGAAGCCUAAACUGGACCUAGUGUUUGAGGAAUGGGAUGUAGCUGGUCUUCCAUGGUGGUUUUUAGGCAACCUCAGAAGCAAUUACAAGUCCAGAAGUAAUGGAUCAACAGAUAUUCAGACUAACCAGGACAUAGACACUGCCAUUGUUUCGGAUACUACUGAUGACUUGUGGUUCCUCAACGAAUGCCCAUCGGAUCAGAGCAGUGCUGCAGUCAAGGUGGAAGCGGUUGAGUGUGAGGAAGUGAAAGAAGGUGACAAAAAGGUGACUGAGGAUGUUUGUUUGCAUGACUUUGAAGAUUCUCAAUGCUUAAGUGAUGACACAGAUACAGAAGCUGCUUCUGAGGACCGUUGGCAAUGCAGCAAAUGCAAGAAGUUUAACUCUCCAGGCAAACGGUACUGUUACCGCUGCUGGGCCUUGCGGAAAGACUGGUACUCAGAUUGCCCCAAACUGGUUCAUUCUCUUUCCCUGUCCAGCAUUGAUGCUAUCCAAAACAAAAAGGAUGAUGAAGGGAUCGAUGUCCCGGACUGCCGAAGGACUAUUUCAGCUCCAGUUGGCCAACCCAAAGAGCUGUACAUGGUAGAAAACAAAUCACGUGUAGAUCCCCGCAGCUCUAUUGAGUCUUUGGAUUUGGCACAGGAAUGUGAAAGCAAGGAGUCUCUGUUGCAUUUCACUGAGCAUAAAAAGGAGGAGGAAAUCCAGUCUUUAGAGAGUAUCAAAAAAUUGCUGAACCCUUGCUUCCUAUGCCAUCACAGACCACGGGAUGGGAAUAUUGUCCAUGGAAGGACUGCUCAUCUUGUGGCCUGUUUCAAGUGUGCAAAGAUGCUGAAGAAAAAGAGAUCACCUUGCCCAGUGUGCAGGAAAGACAUCGAGAUGGUGAUCAGGAUCUUUAUGGGGUAGUUGUGCCAGUUCAGGCCUUCUCCCCCAAACGACUGCACACAGGUUUCCUUGCACUCACACCAACCCUAACUUCAGAGCUCGGACAGUGAAUACCAAAGAGAAGUAAGAUUCAAAUCUGACCAAGAACAUUGAGGAAUCCUCUACAUUCAAUGAAGCAGCAUCCACUUUUCAAAUGUCCAUUUAACUUAAAGCCCGAGGGAGCAGGGGGUGACUGGCACAUUGUUAUCUCAACACCCUAGCUUUGAAGCUGUCCAAAUGUUCUGAUUUCAGCUCAGUGGUGUCAGUGAGAUGCUCUGUUCUGACAACUGCCUCUCAAAGAAAGCAAGUUUUGGAAAGAGUUAGAACUUUGGCUGUUGGAGGGGUGGUCUCCAGUGAGUCAAUCCCUGUGCAAUGCCUUUGAAGGGGGGAGUCUGCAUCUGAGAUACAUAUAGAUAUAUAUAUAUAGUCAGGGGUGGGAAAGAGGGUCCAAGGAUCAGUUCUCCUCAGGGCAGUGAGAAGUAAAUAACCUGGCUUCUGAUUCUUUUGUGUGUGUUUAAUGUAGGUUUGUUAGAUAAGGUGAAGGUCUUUCUGCUACCAGUCUUGAAAUAAGUCCUCCCAGGCUUUUAAUCCAUAGCUAUCUCAGGUCCCAGAUCAGAUGGCAAAAGCACAGGGUGUUAUACUUUGCUUUGAUAUUGGAUCUUUCCAUUGCUAGUGAUUCUUUUUUCCCAUUUAAAUCCAGCUCUGUGUCAUCUAGCAUAGCUUUGCUGAAGCCUGUCCAGCAUUAGCUCAGAAUCUGGUCUACCAGCUGGAUUAACUGACAGCAGCUCUGUGCAUGUUUGGGGAUGUUCUUAUCGCUCUGUGCCUUCAGCACCAUCGCAGCUCCUGUCUGCCUCAUCUCAGAUAAAAGAUGCUCACUUCAGAGUGUGAUGUGGCUUUAAAGACAGGAGAUGGGCUUUUGAGGGAAAAGAAGGUAAUUUCUGUAAAGCACUGACUGCAGCUGGUUAGUUUGUGGGCUGUGCUUGGUGUCAGUUUGAGAUCACAUCCUAGAGUGCGUGCUCAGACCCUUCUGUUCUGCAGGGCUUUGGAGGGCCUAUGUCAUGCAGCAGUGGCGAUGGUGCCUUCACCAUUCAGGUACACAGGCGUCUGCAUCCAGGACAGUGCACAGAAUAAACCCUGUUUCACCACCUCCUCUAGAAUUCCCUCUCUAGUCUAGGAAGCACACCUGAAGACAGAAAAAGAGAAGGUGAUGCUCAUACCUUGAUGCUUCUCUAGGCUGUUCCUCUUGUCUCCACACUCCAUGGCCGGGUCCAGCCCCGCAGGUCAGGGGUGCAGUGGGACACCCAGAUCCUGCCCAGCAGAAGGUCCCAAUGGCCAAGUUGUUUCUCUGCAAAGAUACCAGAGUAGGUGCUAUAUGCAAUUACUGCCUAUCACUGCCAAAAGUCAGACCCACUUUAUGUUUUGCAUAGUAUUGUGAUGAUUUCUCUGUUGGCUGUACUUUAGACUGUUGUUGUUGGCUGUUAGUUCCAGUUGUGUUUUAACUGUCGGAGGAUGACUGACUGGUGUUUAGGUGCACUAUCUGUAAGUCCAUGGGAAUCAAUCCACAUGGAAAAGCUGAUUUAUUGCUCCCUUAACUAAAGGGCUCUUCAAUUGCUGGUGAUGCACUUUAGUCAUGCUGAGAUCAGCAGCGUUACCGCCUGGAUCACCGCAGGGCUUCCUGCCAGGUAGUUCCUGUCCUCGGCAGGCUCUCGGGCGCGGGGUGGCACUUCGUGGCACUUCUGAAUACUGUGAAUUCCCCCUCGCCCCGACGGCUUCUAAGAACUAAAUGUUGUGCUAAAAGCAGUUUAAGGGAAUUGUUCAGAUCUCGCUGCACUGAAAAGCAGGUGAUUUGUGGUGACCAAAACCCAAAAAGUCCAGAGAGUUUAAGUUAAGUUCCAAUAAUGGGGUGGAAUGUUUCUACCAAAACCCUUCUGGGGGCUGUGUGCAGUUGCCAUUAUCGAGUUGUUUUCAGUGUGGCAGUUCAUGAUAAAAAGCAAAUUGCAAGAGAAGUUUGAGUGUAACGAUCUCUGUAUCUGUGACUUCUUGUUCAGUAUAACCACAGUGUUUACAACCUGCAUUUGUCAAGUUCUUAAUUCUUUUUAACUGAAAUAGUAGAGGAUAUAAGAUGAUGUUACAGUUGAUUUUCCUUCCUCUAGAAGAAUAAGCUAUUGCAGUGCAAGCACACCAUGUGUAGCUGUAACUGCCCAGGUUGUGGCUGGGGCUUGGAGGGUGGGGAGUAGUUUAGUGCAGGAAAAAGACAGAAAAAUGUUCUAUUGCUUUAACUUAAGUCUAAAUAAGUAGCAACUUACCAAGAACUGCUCUUCUGACACUGCUUAGGAAGGGCAGACUUGAGGUGUGGGUGAAGAACUAGCUCAAAGCAUGCGGCGACCGCACUGAGGUGGCAGCACAGAUGGGACGUUGGCCAGGUCGUGUUGUCCCCUCCCUUUUCUCCAGCUGUGGCAGUUAAUGUGGGGUCCCAGUUCAGAAACUCAUUUUCCUGGGGGUGCUGAGCAUUUGCCUGUCUCAGGUAGAUGAAUUCAGUGCUCAGGGGGUGAGCUUGGGUUCUCUGAAUAUUCCAUUGGUGCCUCAUAGCGGACAAGUUCUUCUCUCACAGUGGGUUUACUAUGAAGUGCAAUAUGAGAGAAGAGCUCCUUGGUGACCUCCAGCAGUGGCUGCAGCAUGUCUCUUAGGAGCAGUGUUGAGCAGAGCUGGCUGGAGGUGCCCAGCCUACAAAGGUUCAUCUGUUUCACUGCUUUUUGUCUUCAGUGACAUUGGUUGCUGUUCCUCAGGAACCUGCUGAGGUCUCACUGGCACAAGUGUACCUGUAGGUCAGGUUUCAUUUACUGAUGCCUCUGCUUUUCAGCCACUUUUGCCUCCAGUUAUCCCCAGAACCAGCAGAAUUCUUCCUUUGGUGGGUAUUUAAGUUCAGUAUGGGAACUGUAGAGUGCCAUUGAGCACAUUAAAGUGCUCUGCAGCAUGAAACCACACGUGUAGGUGAAUGCUCUGUAUUGGCAGCCAGAGGUACACACGUUGCAUUUACUCAGUGACUGUUUGCUGACACAGAGCCCAGCAGCCUUUGCUUCAGCUCUUCGCAAACCUCAGCAUCCUCUGCUGAGGUGUACUGUGGAGCUGAUUUAGCCUAAAGCAAGCUGCUACAUGAAGUACAAUGAUCCUUUGGAGCAGCCCCCCAGAGUGCUUAUUCUGCGUGGUGAGUGUUACCAUGAGGACAGCUAUGAACUUUGUGACUGUGUUACGUAUCUGUUACAGUGCAUGGCUGUGGUGGAGACCAUAGUGCAGCUUCCCAGAGGCUGUUCUGUCCUCCUGCGUCCAGCAGAGGUUAUAUCUGGUACACAGCGGUCUUUUCAAGAGCAAGAAUGAGACCCACAGAUUAUACAGGAGUAAUAAACGGUGUUUGCAACAGCUCCAGAAGCACAGAUGACCUUUGGACAGCAGCUUUUCUGCUCUGGAAGUCCUUCAGUUACCUGUCUGCAGUGACUGGACUUCUCUGUGCUCCUUUGAAGAGGUGGGAUUCUGAGUCCAUGGUAGUGUCUGGCCAUGCGCCACGGGCUGGUUACACAUUCCAUCAGCUUGCUCUCUGCACCUUAUUAACACAGGCAGCUUUGUGAUUGCAGUUCUGCUUCUCUGGGCUCUUUUACCCUGGGGACAUGCACUUGCUGCCCACCCAUGUGUGGGACACCCCACGCCUGCCCCAUGGAGCUGGUGCAGCCCACUGAACUCUGCAAUUACCUUCAGAGUCUCCGACCCUUAGAGGACACAACAUGUGUGAGGAUCAGUGUGAGGAGCUACACCAAGGCAGGAACACGUUGUACCUCUGGCUUAAAGACUUGCUGGUCUGGAAAGGGGGAUUUGCUGCUGGAGCUCCCCCGCUCCCUGCAGCUCGUUGGUCCCAGAUCCUGGUUCAGAACACAUUGCACUGCACACCCAGGCCGUGCCCGCAGUCACAAGGAGUCCUUGCUCAACGCCGUCUCUGUGUUUGCACUAGUGAAAGUAAGGCAUGAAUUGCAGAAUGAGCUGGUUUUGUGUCCUGUGCAUAAUGAAUUGAAUUAAAUCGAGCACAUUCUAUGAUAA